ACUUAACAACUUUUUAUGUUGUACGGAAGUACGAAAGUACGAAAGUACUUCCGUACCUUCGUACACCUCCCAGUACUACUUUCAGUGACAACUUACGUACAACGUACGCCAAACAAAAAAAUUGCCUAUUCCGUGUACACGUACAGCUGUAUUGUACGUAGCUAUGUACUGUACAGUAGCACAGGCCUCCGAAGUAUUCCCUGACUGGUGAUUGGCUGCCAAUCUGCAAAUUAGCGACAACUGGCAUGUCGGGAACCCUAGUUCAGUCGCUUCGAAAGCGUCACUCUCUCCUGCACUCCUCACUCACAGAUUGUAAAAUACUAUGGCCGCUUUCGCCACUUGCACUCCGUCUCUGAAGGUUGAUUUUCGCGGCUCAACCACUGGCUUCACGCGUGGCAAAUCCGUCAAGGCGGUUGUUGUUACCACUGUCACUGAGGCCAAAGUAAAGGUUGCCAUCAACGGUUUCGGACGGAUCGGACGCAACUUUGUCCGAUGCUGGAUGUCUCGUGGUGCGGACUCUCCUCUUGAGGUGGUGUGCGUGAACCAGUCUGGCGGCGCGAAGCCUGCUGCGCACCUUCUUAAGUACGACUCUAUUCUUGGCACCUUUGAUGCCGACGUGAAGGUUGUUGAUGAUGAGACCAUUUCCGUCAAUGGAAAUAUUAUCAAGGUUGUGUCUGACCGUGACCCCCUCAACCUUCCGUGGAAAGAGAUGGGCAUCGACAUUGUCAUCGAAGGCACUGGUGUGUUUCUUGACGGACCUGGUGCUGGCAAACAUAUUCAGGCUGGUGCCAAGAAGGUUGUCAUCACCGCUCCAGCAAAGGGCAAUGAUAUUCCGACAUAUGUUGUUGGAGUCAAUGCGGACACGUAUGACCCCUCUGCGAACAUCGUUUCUAACGCCUCCUGCACAACAAACUGCCUUGCGCCCUUCGCUAAGGUACUUGAUGACAAAUUUGGCAUUGUCAAGGGCACGAUGACCACUUGCCACUCUUACACCGGGGAUCAGCGCAUCCUGGACGCAUCACACCGCGACCUUCGACGCGCCCGCGCUGCUGCCCUCAAUAUCGUACCCACAUCCACUGGUGCGGCGAAGGCGGUUGCUCUUGUGCUCCCUCAACUCAAGGGCAAGCUCAAUGGUAUUGCGCUCCGUGUCCCCACCCCGAACGUUUCUAUUGUUGACCUUGUCGUCAAUGUUGAGAAGAAAGGAGUGACAGCCGAGGAGGUGAAUGCUGCUUUUAAGGAGGCCUCUGAAGGUCCCAUGAAGGGCAUUCUUGCUAUCACUGAGACUCCUCUCGUCUCAGUUGACUUCCGGUGCUCUGAUGUGUCUACCACUAUUGACGCGGCGCUCACUAUGGUGAUGGGCGACGACAUGGUCAAGGUGGUCGCGUGGUAUGAUAACGAGUGGGGCUACACCCAGCGCGUGGUUGACCUCACCCACAUUGUUGCUGCCGGUCUCAUCGAGGGAGGCGAAGUCACUGUUGGUGAUCCAAUGGAUGCUUUCUGCGCUGACGACCCCUCUGCUGAGGAGUGCAAAGUUUUCGAUUAAGUCCUGCACUACAUGGGCGUGUGAAGUUGAGGAGCCAGAGAGCAAGGCCAUGUACUAAAUGAAAUGCUGUGUGCCCAAGCAACCUAGCUUCACGGCAACUUUUUACAACUUUUGAAUCCACAAGCACAAUCUACAGCACCUAUUCUUGUGAAACGCCUGACCAUCUUAUGAAUGAGGAGCGUGCACAAAGCCCUCCAAAGAAAUCCUUUUGGGGAGGGAUCAGGCUAUCUCCACCUGCCUCAUGGUGAAUACCAAAGUUUUCACUCUGUGCC